UCAUCGCGAAGCGGAAGUGGCGGCUGGAACGGAAGUAGAACGGCAUUGAAUCCGCAGGAGAGGGGACGGGGAGGAAGCUGAUCCUGCCGGGAGUGUGUGAGCGUGUGGAAGCUGUGUCAGCGGACUGUUAUUCUAAGAAAUCAUCAUGGACAAAAGUGAUCUGGUACAAAAGGCCAAGCUUGCCGAACAGGCCGAGCGCUACGAUGAUAUGGCUGCUGCCAUGAAAGCUGUGACCGAGCAGGGCAGCGAGCUCUCCAACGAAGAGAGGAACCUGCUGUCCGUUGCCUACAAAAACGUUGUAGGUGCCCGUCGCUCCUCCUGGCGUGUGAUCUCCAGCAUCGAACAGAAGACCGAAGGCAAUGAGAAGAAGCAACAGAUGUCUAAAGAAUACAGGGAAAAGAUCGAAUCGGAGCUUACUGAAAUCUGCACUGAUGUUCUUAAUCUUCUGGAAAAGUAUUUGAUCGCUAAUGCUACACCACCAGAAAGUAAGGUCUUCUACUUGAAAAUGAAGGGAGAUUAUUAUCGGUACCUUUCCGAAGUAGCAACUGGAGAUAAGAAACAAGAUACUGUAGACAACUCUCAAAAGGCUUAUCAGGAAGCUUUUGAAAUUAGCAAGCGAGAGAUGCAGCCAACACACCCUAUUCGACUUGGAUUGGCUCUUAACUUCUCCGUGUUUUACUAUGAAAUUCUUAACUCCCAAGAAAAAGCCUGCAGCUUGGCAAAAACGGCAUUUGAUGAGGCAAUAGCUGAACUGGACACAUUGAAUGAGGAGUCUUACAAAGACAGCACUCUUAUCAUGCAGCUACUAAGGGACAAUCUUACACUAUGGACCUCAGAACAACAGAACGAAGAGCCUGACAAUGUAGAGGCAGAUAACUAACAACUGCCACGCAACAAUUACAUUUUUUUUUUGUUUGUUUGUUUUGUUUUUUAUUUGUUUUUUUUCUUUAUUUUGUUCACCAUCACUCUGUAUUGUAUAUCCCCUUUGUGCGACCAGUAAAUAGAAUAGUACAUCGACUUUCACAACUUCCGUGUAGCAGAACAUUUUGUGGAUUAAGAAGUAAAUCGGGCAUUUUACAGGAGAGAAACAUUGUAACUUUUUAUGUAUAUAUGGUAUAUUCUAUCUGUAUAUCAUAUAUCUAAGGUUUCAAUAUGUAAUUAGAUCUUGUGUGAUUUAAGUUUUCUUUUUUAAACUGAACACUGUGAUUAUGGGACUUUGUUGCUAAAAUCACUCUAGAUUUGGAUUUUUCCUCAUAUCUUAUGACCUGUUUUAGGACAAAAAGUCGAAGUACAAUUCUGUUGUACGUGUAACAGAUGUUAACAUAUUGUAACCCUUGGGUUGAGUUGACUUCUAUGCUGUUUGCUCUUUAUAAUGAUGCAUUUGUCUAAUCUAAAUGCUACAUCUGGAAGCCUCAUUUUGUAAGCCUGAAUACAGUCGUUUGGCAUCAUGUUGCAUCUUUGGAUUGAUGUUGUGUGCACUUUUUUUAGAUCUUCAGCUUUGAGGAACUUCACCCAAAUGUUAUGUUAUUUUUGAAUGGUUGCCAGUAGAUUCACUCGCCUAUAUGUAGGCUUUCUUAACACGUUCCCAGGAAAGGUAAACUUUUUUUUUUUUAUAGGUUACUGAUUGAUAAUCAGCCCUUGGGUCAGCUUCCAGGGUUUGAAGCCCUUUCUCUGAGAUUGACUCUACUAGGUUGGACUGAUUUGCUCAGGCCAACACUGACGUAGGUCAUUUUUUUGGUAGCACCUUUCUCUUUAAUGUUGGGUUUUUAUCUAAGGGCUCAGCCUUCAGAGACCUUGCUGAUCCAUUGUCUGUUAUCAACAGCACCUCUUUUAAAGGAAGAAUAAAGACCUGAAUAGAGCGCCAUAUUCAAAACUCCUGAGCACCCCAUAGACAUUUUUUCACUAGAGGUCCUGGAUGCAACCGCAAUGCUCCUUUUUGGCAUGACUUAUGACUAUCUAGUCUAUGUGUACCUUGUGAUGACGUCUAGCAAAGUGAAAUUGCAGCUGUCCUGGGAUAGAGAUCAUGGAUUUUUAUUUAUGUAUUUUCCUUCCUGGGAUCACAUAAUAAAAAAUAAAAAAAAGGGUGGGUGCCUUUUUAAUGUUAUAAUGCAGAGAUCGAUGGUAUGUACUAAUCACUAGCAUCCAAUUGGAAUCCAUUUUCAGCAGCUUAGAAUGGGCAUGUAAAUGAAGCUGAUUAAUUCAUUUUUUUUUUUGCAUUGGAUUAGAUUAUGGUACACUGCUUACCUUUUUGCCUUCUAAUUGGCUGUUUCUAAUGUGUAAGGUAUAUGAAAUUACAAGUUUUACUACAUGUAUCAGGGGCUCGAAUACAUACUGUAAAGUACUUGUCAAUAAUAGGGUGACUUUAAUAGAACGAUGCUGCAAGGUAAUCAUGCAAGUAUCCUGUUUGUGGAGUAAACUUUGAAAUUUGCUAUGUAUUGCUUAGUUUAUCCACAUGAUUUUUAAUUGUUUACAUAUAUAUAUUUUUUAACUUACAGCCAUCACUUGCUGUUCUGCUUCCCUCACCUGGACAUUUUACCAGUCUGUAUUUCAUUAGGCUUUAUAGUUUUAUGUUGAUUAAAGCUCAAAUCAAAUGUGACGUGACCUUUUUCAUGUUGUGGUGAUCCAUCUAAGGCACUUUUUUGUUAUGAGCAACACACUAAAACGAUUGUACGUUAUACCCACUUGGGUUAGUGCUAAAUGCAAAACUGCACAUGCAGCCGUAUGAAUAGGUGACAUAAAUUUACUUUCAGAGGGUGAAUUAAAUCUUAAAUUAAUUGGCCCUAGAAGAGACAAUUCUCCCAGUUGUGGGCCAGUGAAGUACCUGUUCAGUUUCACCAUAAUUGAGAUCACUUCCCUCACAUUUUAUACAGCUCAGGAUCCAGAGAGGACUAGUGUAGUUGGAGGCUCUUCUGACUGGUGGUCACUUUAAAGUCAUGUAAACACAUUAACACAUAUGACUAGCCGUGCAUCAUGUUUUCCAGUGAUGACCAUUCAUCUAUGUGCGACUUCAUGUACUACUUUGGUCUGACGUUCAUGCAAUUUGUGGGCCAUAGACCCUCAAAAGUUGCAUGAAAGUCAUACCUUAAUGUUUUACAUGCAACAGUGGAUCAGAUUUUUGUAGAAAGACAACAAGCCACAUCCAAGUCGCAACCAUCCAAAGUUGCGUCGUGACUUUGGAGUUGUACAAGCGUGAAUGGAGCCUAAGGCUGGUUUCACACAGGCUGUCCAAUCAGGUCUGCCUGUCAGUUUUUCAGAUAAUCUGAUCGGACCAUCCGUAGCUCUCUAUGGAGUGGCAGAAGUCAGCUGACACCUGGCAUUUGAUCCGACCCGGUCUGCCUAAAAACAACGGAUUGGAUGAAAGUUAAUUGGAAACAGACAAGGUGGUCCAUUUCCAUCUGACAGCUCUAUAGAGAACAGCGGGUCUGUGUCCCCUCUGCAGAGCGCACAUGGAUGCCAUCCUCCUUUUCUAGCGGGGAGGUCCCUUGCUGAGCAGGUGGAUGCAGACUACAGAUAAAGGCUGUGUGAAACCAGCCUAAUGAUCCCAAAGACACCAGAGAUCCAUCUGUACAUAUUUGAUGCGGCUGGCAUGCAUAGUAUGAGGUUAGGAAAUUUGUUUUGCAGUAGUUUAAUUGGAAAGAUUCUCUAGAGCCAACAAGGGUUUACUUGCUCAGUAAUAAUUUUUCUAUGACAAAAUUGGCAAUUUCCUAUAGAUGUGACCGUUCUUCAAUGCCAAGGCUCUGCACGUGAUCAAUUUUUACUUGAAAAGGGUUAUUUUACAUGAGCCUAAUUUACUUCAAGUGGAGAUCAUUGGCCUCGUCUCGGCCAUAUACAAGGGGCAUAAGUCCACUUAGCUUGGCCUAAAACAUGCCCAAGAUAAAAAUGUACAAAUUUUAUUGUUCUGGUUGCUCCAGCCAGGAACUGUUAUUUUAGAAGGAAGUUGGCAGUUCAUCUAUCUCCAUGAAUUGUUUUCUUUACACUUCACUUGGAGGUCAGUUUAAAGCAGCCGUUCUCAAACUUUUUAGUCAAGCGUAACCCCUGGAUUUCCAGGCCUCAAAGGAACCCUUAAUAAAACCAAUUUAUCGAGUCAAUGGCCCCUUACAUUGGUGUUCAGUAGUAAUAUUGCAACGCUUACAAACAGCCAAUUGGUGGCAUUGCCAAGUGUUGUUGGUCCUGAAACUAUACAGGCACCAUCAAAUGGAAGGUCAACCAGCCACAGUUCAAGGAACUCUUGGCAACCCUGUUUGAGAAUGGUUGGUUUAAAGACUAACGAAUUGUAAUUACAGACACCACAAGAUGCUGCACUUCAGAAGUAUAUUUUCUGAGACUGUUUUUAGGCAAGGUCAGGCUCAUUUUAUACAUUUACCCAUGGUUGAGACCAUUUCCAGUCCUGUCUUUGUUGGUGCACCGUUGGUUUGUUUUCCUUACUUUACAACAUAAGUUAUGAGCACACAUUCAAGAUACAUUUUUAUGUAAAACAAUAUAUUUAACUGGUAAACUGUAUUAAUGCACAUAGUACUGUAUUCAGUUAGUCACUGUUCAGGCUCACAGCAUUUUUUUUUUUUUUUAACAUUCCACUCGAGUAUCUUUUUUUUUUUCUUGAUGUCUGUUCGUCUGUCCGCUUGAAAGCAAAAAUCCAUGCACUGAUCUUGAAAUCUCCGAACAAAACGUUAAUACUUGCGCUUUAUAAAUGCAGUAGUGAAUGUGGAACUGAGCCUGUCUGUAUAUCUGGUAGCUCUUUAUAAAUAUAUAUAAUUUUUUUUUUUUGCUUUUGUUUUUACUGACCAGUAUUCUGCCUAAAAGUUUGCUUCUGUGUUGGUUUGAUUACCUAGCGCACACGUGGUUGUGAAAAUUUAGUCUAGCUCAAAAAUGAAAAAAAAAGUGGUUAUUGAUGUACUCAAAUUUGUGUAUGUAUUUUCAACCGUUCUAGUUUCACCCUACACAGGAUAAUCAAAACAUGUAACAAUUCAAAAGCAAAAUAAAUAAUCCAUGUUA